GUGAUGUGUGUUUGCAUGUGCUGUGUUUCCAGGCGAGUUCAUCAUUGGCCGUGUGAUAAAGGCCAUGAACAGCAGCUGGCACCCUGACUGUUUCUGCUGCGAUCUGUGCCAGGCUGUGCUCGCUGAAGUCGGCUUCGUGAAGAACGCAGGCAGACACCUGUGCCGUCCGUGUCAUGACCGUGAGAAGGCUCACAGUCUGGGGAAGUACAUCUGCCAGAAAUGUCAAGCCAUUGUUGAUGACAUCCCGCUGAUUUUCAAGAAUGACCCGUACCAUCCUGACCACUUCAACUGCAGUAACUGUGGUAAGGAGCUGACGGCCGAAGCCAGGGAGCUGAGGGGUGAGCUGUACUGUCUGCCGUGUCACGAUAAGCUGGGCGUGCCGAUCUGCGGCGCCUGCAGGAGACCCAUCGAGGGCCGCGUGGUCAAUGCCAUGGGCAAACAGUGGCACGUGGAGCAUUUCGUGUGUGCUAAAUGUGAGAAACCAUUUCUUGGUCAUCGGCAUUAUGAGCGCAAGGGCCUGGCAUACUGUGAGACUCACUACAACCAGCUCUUUGGAGAAGUCUGUUACCACUGCAACCGCGUCAUCGAAGGAGAUGUGGUGUCUGCAUUGAACAAGGCCUGGUGUGUCAAAUGCUUCGGCUGCUCCACGUGCAACUCCAAGCUGACCCUCAAGGACAGGUUUGUGGAGAUGGAUCUGAAGCCCGUGUGUAAGCACUGCUACGAGCGCGUGCCGGACGAGCUCAAGAGACGCCUGUCCAAACAAGACCCCAAAGACAUGAGGAAGAAGAAAAUGCCCAUCUGUCUGUGACGUGUCUCUGUUUCUGCUUUCUUCCUCCUGAGACAGUUCUGUCCCUCGUGUCAGCUUCCCAACACAAAGACAAACAAAAACCAAAAGAAAUUUGUUCUUCCAUUGAAAGUUCAUGUAGCUAGAUCUCUGACACAUCAAUGUUCAUAUACAGAUUGUAAAAUACAAAACAAAUGUAAGCCAUUUCAUCCGUCUUUUAAAGAGACACAAUCACAGAAUUAAUUUAAUUCAGGUUAACAGAAGAUUUUUUUUUCCAAAUGAUGACAGGAUGUUCAUAUUCAGUGCACUAACCUUCUCCAUCCUACGGUUCUCAUUUUUAUACAUUCACUGGGCACUUUUUUUUUUAGCUACACCUUGCGUUUUCUUUCAGAACUGCCUUAAUUCUAGAUUCCACAAGAUGCUGGAAAGAUUCCUCAGACCUGUUGGUCUAUAUUGACAUGACAGUGCUGCAGUGAAUCCCAAAGAUGGCCUGCUGGAUUGAGAUCUGGUGACUGUAGGGGUCACUGAAGUUUAGUGUUCAAGAAACCAGUUUGCGAUGAUGUGAGCUUUGUGACAUGGUGUGUUAUCCUGCUGGAAGUAGCCAUCAGAAGAUGGGCACAGACAUGGCCAGCAACAAGUAGGCUGUGCUGUUUAAUCGAUGCUCAGUGGGUACAAAGAGGCCAAAAGUGUGCCCCAAAAUAGCCAUUACACCGUCAGCGGCCUGAACUGCUGACACAAGGCUGACACAACAGCUCUCAUGCUGUUUAUGUCACAGCAGAACUCCACCUUCUUCAGUCUUGUAUUGGUGUGAACUGAUUCCAGCUGACAGGAACUCUUCUGUUUUACGGGUUGGACGUCUUCUGUGUUCAGAUGCUGUUCUGCAGACUUCGUUGUAACGAGGGUUUAUUUGAGUUCCCGUUGUUUCUAUCAGUUCAGACCAGUCUGGCCAAUUCUGAUGCUUGGUUUCAACUGCAGCAGAUCGUCCUGACCUGUAGCUGCCAUGUGAUUGGCUGAUUCAAUGUUUGCGUUAACGAGCAGACUAAUAAAGUGGCCGGUGAGUGUAUCUAAACAAUAUGCACUAAGAACAUGAAAAUCAAUCAGGGGAGUGUUUGCCAAAAGCAACUAUGUUCCGUUGUUACGAAUAGAAUUCAGUGGCACUAACCACCAAAGUUAGCUAACCAUGCUUGUGGGAAACACCCCAGGCCUGCAAGAAUAGAGGCAGUUUGAUCUGCUGUGUCCAUUCGACCCCCAUUAGGCUGAAUCCAUGUCUUCUGAUGUGAAAUGAUAGGAGUGUGUGAGAAAAAUACUAAUAUUGUAAGCGUUUAAAACUGAAGCAUCCCGUCUGGCCAGUGGUCACACACAGGUUCAUGAGUUCACACACGAUCAUAACGUCAGCUGGACAGAAAACACUCUUAUGUCACGCUUCACAACAUUGCUCUCACACACUCCUUCAGAAGACACUGGUUUCUAAUGUGUCAGUUUGAGUUGAUGAAAGAGUCAUGCACAUGAUGGUCGGCAUGUUUUUGUGUUCUACUAAAGAAUCCGACUCAGGUUUUGCUGAAGGCUUCAUAUGCAGCUCUGAUGAAGAGCGUUUUACUCUCAAGUCAAACCUGUGGACUGAAAAGGCAUUUCUGGAAGGGCUUCUCUUUUUCUCCUAAAGAAAGAGAGGUGUUUGUAAGUGCAUUAUAGUGUAUCUGAUGAAAUAUAAGCUUCUCUGUGUGGGGAGUUUUUGAGAUAUCACAAUCCGUGUCGUCAUGUGGAGCACUCUAAUGACUCGCUUUCAUUUUGACCACAACGUUCCUCGUGUUUGUGUUUGGUCAGAUUUUUCCUGUGGUGUUUUUAGGAGUGUUACGUGAGAUCUGCAGCUGAACACCACACAUCCAGCAUUUCACCGUUUCAUCUGACUGUAUAGAAUGUAACAUGAGGGGUCACAACUCUGAUUUGUGUUGCAGUUUAACAAUAGAAGGGUUCAUGAAUAAAGGAAUGCAGAGUUUU